AUGUUUUUCUGCAGGAUAAUGCACUGGGCGAGGCGCAUCGAGCAGGAGAUUGACAGAGUCUUUCAGCACAUCAGUGGAGCUCAGCAGCUGAAAGGGAUAUACAAUGAAGAAAGAAGACGCUUUAGUCUGGUAAAGAAUCAACCUCGAAAGAUUGUGGAGAAAGUGGCUUCAGAUAUCGAGAAACUUCUGGCUAAGAAGCGCAAAGCUCUCGAAAGGUUAGCCAAUGAGGCAGAACGGCUCCAGCUUGAGCAUCCCUGGCAGGAUGGAAUAAAGGAGCUGGACAUGGCCUAUUAUGACUCGAAGGCAGAGCUAGAUCACUAUUCCAUGGAUGGAGAGGGCGAAGUGGAAAAUCCUUCCCAUAUCAAGCUGGAGUUUGUGUAUGACCCCAAUUUCAAAAACAAUGUCAACUACUCCUACACGGCUGUUCAGAUUCCCACAGACAUUUAUAAAGGAGCUCCAGUUAUUCUCAACGAAUUGAACUGGACGCAGGCGCUGGAGAAAGUGUUCAUGGAGAACAGUCGGGAGGAUCCGUCAUUAUUGUGGCAAGCGUUCGGGAGCGCCACUGGAGUGACCCGCUACUACCCUGCCACACCUUGGAAAGCACCUGAUAAAAUUGACCUCUACGAUGUCAGGAGGAGACCCUGGUACAUCCAGGGUGCUUCAUCCCCCAAAGAUAUGGUCAUUCUUGUGGAUGUGAGUGGCAGUGUCAGUGGACUCACACUUAAACUGAUCAAGGCAUCAGUGAUGGAGAUGCUGGACACGUUGUCUGAUGACGACUACGUCAACGUUGCCCGGUUCAGCGAGAAGGCAGAGGCGGUAGUUCCUUGCUUCAAACAUCUCGUCCAGGCCAAUGUGCGCAACAAGAAGAUCUUUAAAGAAGCGGUGCAGCAGAUGCAGGCCAAAGGCACCACUGACUACAAGUCCGGAUUUCAUUUUGCCUUUAAUCAGCUGUUAAAUAAAACAAACGUCCCACGGGCCAACUGCAAUAAAAUCAUCAUGCUUUUCACUGACGGUGGUGAGGACCGAGCUCAGGAUGUCUUCAUGCAGUACAAUUGGCCCAACAAAACGGUUCGAGUUUUCACCUUUUCAGUGGGACAGCACAACUACGAUGUCACACCUUUACAGUGGAUCGCAUGCACAAAUAAAGGUUACUAUUUUGAGAUCCGUUCCCUCUGCGCAAUAAGGAUAAAUACGCAGGAAUACCUGGAUGUGUUGGGACGCCCCAUGGUUCUUGCAGGCGAUGAGGCCAAGCAGGUCCAAUGGACCAAUGUGUAUCAGGAUGCUUUGGGCCUUGGGAUGGUAGUAACAGGGACUUUGCCUGUAUUCAAUCUCACCAUGGAUGGAAAACUACAGAACCAGCUGAUUUUAGGUGUCAUGGGAGUGGACGUACAUCUCGAUGAGAUAAAGCGGCUGACACCACAGUACACUCUCGGGGCCAAUGGUUACAUAUUCGCAAUUGACCCAAAUGGAUAUCUCCUGCUUCAUCCCAAUUUACUGCCCAAGCUGGUGCAUCUCCCCGAGCCUGUCACACUGGACUUCCUGGAUGCAGAAGUCGAGGACAGCAAUAAAGAAGAGAUCCGGCGACAGAUGAUUGAUGGACGACCGGGUGACAUGCAGAUCAAAACUCUCAUUAAGUCAGUCGAUGAGCAAUACAUUGAUGAGGUGUACAGAGGUUAUACUUGGACUCCUGUCAAUGGUACAGAUUACAGUCUGGGGCUGGUACUACCGCCAUACAAUGAAUAUUACAUUCAGGCAGACCUCAGUGAUGUGAUGCUUCAACUUCAGUACAUGCAAUCGUUACUGCCAAGCUCCUUUGAAUCUUCAGGACACGUCUUUCUUGCACCAAGGGAAUACUGCAAGCGUCUGCAGCUUUCAGACAACAACACACAGUUUUUGCAGAACUUCCUCUCUCUCAUGCUGGAAAUUUCUCCGGAAUCAGAUGAGUGUGACCAAGGGCUCAUACACAACCUGAUACUGGACUCUAGGAUAAUUGGCCAGCUCGCUUCACGUGUGUGGAAAAAUAAGGAUCUUAAUUCGUAUGGCUUCCUGGCUGUGUUUGCGUCCACUGACGGAGGCAUAACGCGAGUCUUCCCCAACUUAGCUGCCGAAUUAUGGGACGAGGACCCUGAACCCUUCAAUUCAAACUACUAUCGAAGGAGCCUUGACAACAAAGGUUACAUGUUUCGAGCUCCACCUCGAGAAUAUUUAGAUGACAUAUUAGGACCAGAAAACAGCACAGUCGGAAUUCUGGUUAGUUCAGCUGUGGAAGUUAAUUUAGGAGGAAAACUUCUCAAACCUGCAGUUGUGGGAGUAAAGCUGGACCUAGAAGCUUGGGUGGACAAGUUCAAGAUCCUGGCCAGCAAUGUGUCGGACAGCCGGCAAGGCUCACACAAGUGCGGCCCAACUAGGAGCUGUGAGAUGGAUUGUGAAGUCAACACCGAUGAUCUGCUCUGCUACCUCAUUGAUGACGGUGGCUUCCUGGUUAUGUCCAAUCAAAGAGACCACUGGAAAAAGAUAGGUUUAUUUUUCGGAGAUGUGGACCCAUUCUUGAUGCAUGCCCUCUACAACAACUCCAUCUUCAACCGGCGACAGACUUUUCACUUCCAGUCAGCAUGCGAGCCAGUCAGCAGCAGCCACACUGGUGCAGCACCUCGUCGCUUUUUUGUGCCGUCUAUCGCCGACAUCCUCAGCUUGGCUUGGUGGACGUCCACGGUGGCCUGGUCUUUGAUCCAGCAAGUACUUUACGGACUGGCACACAACAGCUGGCUCAAUCAAGAUGACAUCUUCAUAGAAGGUUUUGAGAUCAAGUCGAGUAGCUGUGUGACCAUCCAAAGCCAGUUCUUCUUCACUAACACCACCAACUCGUAUAAUGUGCUGCAGGACUGUGGCAACUGUUCGCGGCUGUUUCACGCCAAGCGGAUAGAAAACACCAAUCUCCUCUUUGUGGUCGCUGAGACUCUUUCCUGCAGUUCCUGUCAGAUAGAGAAGCUGAGCCAAAUCAGGACAGAGCUUCAGGAGGAGAAUCCUUGUGAGGUACUGAGCAACGCACGAUAUCGGAGAGGUCCGACAACCUGCCUUGACUUCAGUGCCUUAGAAAAUACUUCCGAGUGUGGACGAGCACACUUUGUACAGUCCUCCAUGGGGGUCCUACUCGCCCUUCAGCUCAUUCUGCCUUUCUUUCACCACUGA